AUGGCUGGAGAAGAAGCAGCAGCUGCUGGUUCUCCUCUAGAAGGAGGCGCAGCAGCAGCAGCAGCAGCAGCAGCAGCAGGGGCCCCUGCAGCAGAAGCAGCAGCAGCAGCUCCUGCAGCAGCAGCAACAACUGAUGCUCCUGCAGCAGCAGCACCAACAGCAGCAGCAGCAGCAGAAGACAAAGGUGAUGGAUCUGGUGGGAGCAGCAAACGCCGCUGCGGAGUCUCAGGAGAAUCUGCAUGCGUUGGGGCUGCCUCUGUGUCUGCUGCAGCAGCAGGUGCUGCGCAUGCAAAGAGGCGUAAGACAGGAGGAGGAGGAGAAGCAGCAGCAGCAGAGGGGGGCAAGGGUGCGAAGCAAAAGAGUAGAGAAGAGAUGAGCACUGAAGAGCUGCUUGCUGUCUUGAAGAGACAGGUCGAGUAUUAUUUAUCUAAUGCUAAUCUGUCGACAGACAGCUUCUUUCACGACAAAAUACAAGAGGCAGAAAGACAGGGGAAGGGAGUGUCUCUAAAAAUGACGUAUGUGCUGAGCAGCCCCCGAAUGAAGGCGCUGCAUGCAACAGAAGAAGAAGUAAUUGCUGCUUUAGCAGACAGCAGCGAAUUAAAAAUACAUAAAGAUGAAGACAGCACUACAUGGGUGCAGAGACGUGAAGCUCUACCCCCCCUCAGAAGAAGAGAGAAAAAAAGCAAUAAAAAUAUCGAUGAUAAUAGCAUCGGCAGGGACCCACAUGCUGUUGGAUGCUUCCUGCGGUUGACGCACUCAGCAGCAGCAGCAGCAGCAGCAGCAAAAUGGCAAUCAAUUAAAGACGCCCUUAGAGAGACACUUCCUCAGAAGGUGCUAGUUCGUUACGUCUCGCGUAUGAAUUCGCAGCAGCAGUGCACUGUUUGGCUGAGCAGCUUCAAAGGCGAUAGAGAGUUUUUUAAGGACUCUUUGAAGCUGCAAGUGGAGGGUCAAGAGGCUACGCUUACGCUCAUGUCCCCGGGAGAGGUUCGAGCUGCAUGCAACUCCGAUCUUCCUCCUCGUGUACGUACAUGCAGAGAGAAAGAGCUGCAGCAGUUUCGUCGUCAGAUUGCGGGGCUGCCGCUGAGUUUAGGGGGGGCUUCAUUUAAUAGUGUUGAUCAUUUAAACAAGUGCAUGCACGAUUUAUUAGAUAAGACAGAGGCCGGUAAGACUCUAAAGAAAGACUCUGUUGCAGAAAAGGCUGUCUUGGCUCUGUUAGACUUUCAUCCAAAUGCAUUUAUAAAGAAAGGAGGACACGAUAGACACCCUAUCGGUAUUAAAGUAGAUCUGCAUGCAAAAACUAACAAAGACGGGAGCCCCUCAAAAUGCUUCUUUGUUAUCAGACAGCACAAAGAAAGUAAAGAAGAAGAUGCAGAGGAUUUUUCUGUGUCGAAGUGUCUGUCGGAGCUGUCGCGAAAUCCCCCCGUGCUUGCAGAGGCAUUGGACAACUUUAUGCAGCAGCGCUACGAGCUUGCUGCUGCUGCAUUUGAUGCAGCGCAGCAGCAGAUGCAGAAGAAGAAAGCAGCAGCAGCAGCAGCAGCAGCAGCAGCAGCAGGCACAGGCGAUGCCGCCGCCAAGCAGUCUACACCUACACCUGCAGCAGAAGCAGGAAAUGAGGAGGGCAGCAGCACAGCAGCAGUUAAAGAAGAAGACAAAGCAAACAAAAGCCCUAGCCUUGCAACAGAAAUAACUAAAGACGGGACGCCUCAAAGUGCAAACAAAACAAGUGAAGAUACUCCUGCUGCUGCUAGCAGCACCAGCACCGCCGGCCAGUCAGAUGCAUAG